UCAUUCAAUUAUGCAUAAAAUUUAUUUGAACUCAACAGAAUCAGAACAUACUCCUUUUCAGGACAUUAGGCCAAUCCAUUUGAUCAACUGUUGAUGACGUUGAUACGGUUGGAAAACUGCAAAGUGAAAGUACUUUGUCUCUGAGUAGGCCUAAGUAUCAAUAAAAAUUUGGAAAUGGAUAAAUCUGCUUCCUUUGCUGACAAGGACAGUGAUAGAGAACCUGAAGAAAUGGACUCAUUGUUGGACCAACUUUUAGAUGCUCCCAGCCCCCCUUCUGAAUCUCCAAAACAAGAGACUGUGCCGACUACAGGGAACAGUACAGCAUCAACAAGGUCAGCUUUUAGCAUGUUUUGGCUUGUUCUGCAGUUGUUUACUGAAUACCUGUACAUUCCUCAACUGAGAAUUAUGAUUUCCAACGUGUUCAAGAGGCUUAAAGGCAAGGAAAAUGAAUCAACAGAAAACAAAAUCAAUCUCCUUCUUGCAAAUGACAAAUCAUUUAGAAUGAAAUAUAAAGUGGAUCUCAGACUUGGAAGUGGAGCUUAUGGCAUUGUAUAUAAAGUAACUCCUAAACUUUGUGACAAGGAACUAAAAGGAACUUUGGCACUAAAAAUUUUGUGUGAAGACUCAAUGCGGGAUCCACAAACCACAUUAAAUGAAACAAAAAAUAAUAUCCGACUUUGUCAAAAUAGUUCAUGCCCAAAUGUAGUUUCGUUUUUCAGCUUUAACGAGUACACUUAUCAGUCAUAUCGGUAUCUUUGUCUUGAAAUGGAACUAUGUGACGGAGGAACAUUGAAAAAAUCAGAGUUUCAUGAACCUAAAUAUGUCACAGAUACAUUUAGAAAGAAGAUUUUGGAAGAAGCAAUAUCUGGUAUGAUAUUUAUUCAUGACUGUGGUGUGGCGCACUGGGACAUACAUGGAGAUAACAUAUUCUUCAAAAGCCCGAUGGAUGAGACCGUAAAAUUUGGUGAUUUUGGUUUAACAAGAGAAAGUCCAAGCACACAACAUUUAGAUGUCCAAGCUCUUGGAAGAACUUUAUUAAAAUGGGUUUUCCUACGGGAAUCUAAUUUAUCAGGAGAAGAAAGUAAAAUUUCAAUAGAAUUUUUAUUAUGUAAAAUUAAAGUCCAAAAGGAUAUAAGGGAGAUACUGGAAGGCUUGACAUUCAACACUAUGUCACUGUCAGAGGCAAAGAGAAAAAUGAUAGAAAUACAAGAGAAAGAUUCUUCAGAUGGUAAAGAAGAGCUUGUAUCAAUUAAUUGUGCUUCAGACAAAGGUUCUAGCACAAGUAACAACAUCACAGCAAAUUCAGCAGUGAGAAAGAUGAGGACUGUUGAAGAAAUGCUAAAAAUCGACCCAUUUUAUCCAAAAAAGUGCAACGGUGAAUUCUUGCAGCCCCAAGAUUUAGUACAUUUCAUUAUUGUUUAUCCUAAAUGCAACUAUACUGAAGUUGAAAAAUUCACAUCAUGGUUUAAAUGCCUUAUAGAAAAAGAUGCAAGUAUUACUUUUGAAAUGAGACUUUACGAUGAUGAAGAGUUUCCUUCUGAUAGGGUGCCACUAGCUAAAGAAAUUUAUGAGAGGGCUAUGUAUGUCUUAUUCUAUCUAACGAAAGAUUUUCAUGAAGAGAUGUAUCCGUCUUUUGUAAGCAGUGAAGGAAUAGGACAAACCAAGUUUCAACAAAGUACACAGAUUCCUGAAAGACAUGUCUAUUCACGUCUUGCACAGAAGCAAAAAAUAGACUGCAGACGACCAAUUCACACUAUGCCCAUAGAAACACGAAAUUAUGAAACUCCAAGUGGACUGACAACAAUUAAAUCAAUUGAUUACUUUGAUACAAAUAAGAAUAAAGGUUAUUUAGAAAAAACAUUGAGAAAUUUGGGUAGAAGUGCUAACAUGAAACUUGAAGAAAGGAAGAAAGCAAUGCUAAAAUGUCUGUUUGAAGAAAGUGAUGACGUGCAUAACGAGAAGAAUGAUGCUGGUUCGUCGGCUUCUGUUACACAGUCUUAUUUACAAGUAUGUUAA